AUGUCCAAUUACUACGAUCUAGACGAUAUAUUAGCCGAUGGGGAGAAAGUACCCUGUAAAUUCAAUAUUACUGUUCCAGGACUAGGUUAUCUACAAGGUAACCCUGGAAAGCCAAUCGAGAAAGAUACCAAGAUUGAAUUGCCAUUUUGGUUAGCAGAGAUCUUGGCAGUUUGUAUAGUGCUGGAUGAAUCACAACAAAGUUUCAUUGAUAUGAUUGAUCCUGAGUUCAUAAAUAGCAAAGUUGUCAAUGCUAUAAAGUCAAAUCCUACUUCGGUCGACCUACAUAAAUUGUUACCUCAUUAUUACAAAUUAAUCGAAAAAUGGUGUCUGAUGUUCAGUGACGAACAGCUCAUAGACAAUGUCAUGAAUAUGUUAAAGGAAAGGUCGUUUGAAAUCAAUAGUUUUGCAAACAAUGUCAAUAAGCAAGUUAAUAGCGAAUUUAUUUACACCUUGGAUGAGUUUGAAAAGAAGUUGUUUAAGCAAACAAGCGAGAGUAAUAAGUUAAUGCGAAAUUGGUUAAAAGAGUAA